UGGUGGGUAGUGGUGCCAAUCUGUUUUGAAUAGACAAUGACUGCUCGAGUUGUCUUCUCAGGCCAUGCCACAGGACAGAUUACACCCUCCAAAGCAAUGGUAGGGGCUCUUCGUUUCUUGCCUAUGAAAACAUGUCCGCUUAAGAUUAAUAACACGAAGAGUGUAGGGCAGCAUAUAUACAUGAAAGCAAGGAUAUGGAACAAACCCAUCAGAGAACGUAGGUUGAAGGUAGUCAUGUUAUCAGCGAGCAGUGGUGAUAUUGGGCCUAAUCUACUUUCUUCAUCUGACUCAAUUAAGCAAUUCUAUACCUCUAUCAAUGAGAAGAAUUUGAACAAACUCCGCGAGUUCAUCUCUGAUAAUUGUUAUUUUGACGAUUGCUCAUUCAUCAAACCAUUCCAGGGGAAAAAGGAGGUUAUGGAGUUCUUUGGGCAACUAAUCACGAGCAUGGGUCAAAAUGUCAAGUUCAAGAUAGGACACAUGUGCGAGGGAGAUGAUUUUACAACUGGAGUAACUUGGCAUCUUGGUAAUUCGAUCUCAUCUCUCGUUGUCUCAAAUGAAUUUAACAAUGUUGUUUCUCAUCAGCACGAUAACCAUCUUUUUAAGUGA